UCUUACAGAUAAUUAGAACGCCACUCACCCAAUCAGAAUUUAGAAUCAGAACUGUCGGUUUUAUAAUUGGUUCAUUUGUAUCUUCAUUUACUAAAUCAGUUAAGCUCAGUUUAUAUAAACCUCCACCUGAGAGCCGUCCAGUCACAGGCCGCUGUUCGCUGUGAGCGCGCGCGCGCAUUACAUACACACUCGCUUCAUUUGACAAAUACAAGAGCAACAGUAGCCUCCCUCCGUGACUGGAGAUCUGAGAGAGCAGCCGCCCGCGCAUGACAGCAUCGCAGCGUCCAUCUGAGGCGAUACACAUAUGUUCGACCGAUUGAUUUCUCUGUCAAGGGCUUAUAAUAUGUGUAAAGGUGACGGUUCAGCCACAAGCCAGGAAUGAAGACGUGAUAGACGCAUCUACUCACUGACUGGGCAUCGCGUUUCGAAGACGAACGUGAGCUUCGGCCGUUUGGACAACAACCGAAUAUAUCCGAGACAGCCGCUGUCGUAGCUCUUUAAACCUGUGGGACACCGUCUUGCUGCCAAUUCUGUUUAUAGACACAUUUUUAUUGCGCUGUAGCCUACUGUCAGACGCGUUUCUCAGUAUGUCAGUUUAGUGCGCUUGAUGCUUUGCAUGCAAACCCUUUCGUGAACUUACCAGAUAAACACAGUUUUACCUCGUUCCUGUAUCGAAUGUUGUUUACUUUUGCAUUAUGUAGCUCCAGGCGUUUUUACGAAGGUAAUCUACAUGUUGUCUUGAACUAAUAAUGGUAGAUGAGGCUUAUGGAGAUAUCAUCACGGGCUGGAUGGCGCACAUCCCCGCGCUGUCGUCCCCAGACCGGGUAAAGUGAACGGCAAGGCUUUAAAACCUUCUCACGUCAAACUGCACUGACACUUAAAGGCUUAACGAUGUCUAAAACGCUGAAGAGGAAGAAACACUGGUCCACUAAAGUGCAGGAGUGCGCUGUGUCGUGGGGAAGCGUUGGGGAGUUCGGUGAUGUUGUGGAGAUCCUCGGAGGCGCAGAGCUCGGGGAGUUUCCUUUCCUCGGUCAGAUGAAUUUAGACGUGCUCGUGUGUCACGUCGGGAGACUACCGUACUACGGGGAUGUGUUAUUGGAAGUGAACGGGACACCUGUCAGCGGGCUGACGAACCGAGACACACACGCGGUGAUCCGCCACUUUCGGGAGCCGAUUCGAAUUAAGACCGUAAAACCAGGUAAAGUGCUGAAUGCGGAUUUGAGGCAUUAUCUUAGUCUGCAGUUCCAAAAAGGAUCAAUCGACCACAAACUGCAGCAAGUGAUUCGAGACAACCUGUACCUGCGCACUAUUCCAUGUACCACCCGGCUGCCCAGAGAUGGGGAGGUUCCAGGAGUGGACUAUAAUUUCAUCAGCGUGGGGGAUUUUCGCAUCCUUGAAGAGAGUGGAUUACUGCUGGAGAGCGGAACAUAUGAUGGUAACUUCUAUGGCACUCCCAAACCUCCUGCAGAGCCCAACUUGGUUCAGCCUGACCUGGUCGACCAGGUUUUGUUUGAGGAGGAUUAUGGCACCGAAGUCCAACGAAAGCGAACAACCUCUGUCAGCAAGAUGGACCGCAAGGACAGCGUGGUCCCUGAGGAAGAAGAGGAUGAGGAGCGGCCACAGCUCCCAAACGGCAUUCCAGAGAGGACAGAGGAGUGGAGGAAAGCUGUGCCCAGCUACACUCAGUCCAGUGGUGGAGGCAGCUCAGGUGGCAGUGGAACACUGGAAGUCCGCACCUGGAGCUCUUUAGCCAGAGACGAAAGCCUGGAGCCCCUGCCGUACAACUGGGAAAUGGCCUACACGGAGACGGGCAUGGUCUACUUCAUAGACCACAACACAAAAUCGACUACGUGGUUAGACCCUCGUCUGGUCAAAAAAGCCAAGCCCCCUGAAAUGUGUGAGGAUGGAGAACUUCCAUAUGGUUGGGAGGAGAUUGAUGACCCGCAGUACGGCACAUACUACGUUGAUCACAUAAACCAGAGAACCCAGUUUGAAAAUCCGGUUCUAGAGGCCAAGAGGAAACUCGGUUUGGACACUGCAGUCACAGCUCAGACCCAACAGAGGGCAGCACCUCCUCCAGGUGGAGCGGCUGGUACGCCCGGGUUCACGCGGGACCCGACCCAGCUGAAGGGGGAGCUGUAUCACUCGGCUCUCAGAAAGAGCCAGCAGGGCUUUGGUUUCACCAUCAUUGGUGGAGACCGACCUGAUGAGUUCCUGCAGGUGAAGAACGUUCUUGCUGAUGGCCCGGCCGCCCAGGACAACAAGAUGGCCUCUGGUGAUGUAAUUGUGGAAAUCAAUGGCACACUUGUCUUGGGCAAGACCCACGCCGAUGUGGUCCACAUGUUCCAGUGCAUCCCAAUAAAUCAGUAUGUUGACAUGGUCCUCUGUCGUGGAUACUCGCUUCCCCCCGACGUGGAUGCGGACAGUGAGGACCUUCCCCCUCCACCUCCACCUCCAUCAGGAGAGAUCGUAACCGCCGUACCCCUCAUCAAUGGCCAGCCACUGCUGGUCAAAGGUGACGCCCUUCACGGCUCCUCCCAGGAGCUUCACUACGUAACCACAGAUGCCAGUGGGCGGCAGGUGGUCGCUGCUCUUCCAGGGGGCAGCAGCAGCAGUGCCGAGACGGGGAUGCUGCAGCCGGAGCUGGUGAGCGUGCCAAUCGUGAAGGGACCUGGAGGAUUUGGCUUCGCCAUUGCAGACUGUCCUCUGGGGCAGAAGGUGAAAAUGAUCCUGGAUGAGCAGUGGUGCCGAGGCCUGUUGAAAGGAGACGUGAUAAAAGAGAUUAACAGGCAGAACGUGCAAACGCUGAGUCAUGCCCAGGUGGUGGAUAUACUGAAGGACCUCCCAGUGGGCAGCGAGGUGAAUCUGUUAGUGUUGAGAGGAGGUCACACAUCGCCUGUGAAGAGUUUAAGACCUAGACCGGGGUUGAGUGCCAGCACUGAGACUCUGGACCGUUGCCAUGACAUCAUGGUUCCCCAGGCUUUGACCUAUCACUCAAACACACUGCCAUGUAGCUCUCCAAAACAAGAUGCUUCCCUCCACUACAGCAAACCCAAAGCCUUGCCGGAGAGCAUAGCACCUCAUUAUAAAGAGUUGGACGUGUUCAUCAAAAGAGAUCAGGAGACAGGCUUUGGCUUCCGUGUGCUUGGAGGAGAAGGUGCAGAACAACCAGUCUACAUUGGUGCCAUCAUUCCCCUGGGGGCGGCAGAGAAGGAAGGGCGUCUGAGGGCUGGAGACGAGCUCAUUGGUAUCGAUGGCAUCACUGUGAAGGGGAAAUCUCACAAACAAGUUCUGGAUCUGAUGACUAACGCAGCACGAAAUGGACAAGUGUUGCUUUCAGUGCGCAGGAAGGUCAUUUACAGAGAUGCCCUGGAGGAUGUUGGGAGCGGAGCGUUGACCCUUGUGAAUGGCUCACCUCGGCUUCCACGUAUCCAGGUGCCAAGCAUCAAGGACCAGGGGUCGUUUGAUAUCACGCUCCAUCGUAAAGAUAACGAGGGCUUUGGCUUUGUCAUUCUCACAUCGAAGAGCAAACCGCCACCUGGAGUGUGUGUUGCAGUGAUUCCUCAUAAGAUCGGUCGAAUAAUUGAGGGCAGUCCGACUGACCGCUGCGGACUGCUGAAUGUGGGUGACCGCAUUUCCGCUGUGAACAGCCAGUCCAUUGUGGAGCUCUCUCACAAUGACAUUGUUCAGCUCAUCAAAGAUGCGGGGAACUCCGUCACACUCACCGUGGUUCCUGAGGAUGAGUACAAAGGCCCGCCCUCAGGAGCCAGUUCAUCCAAACAAAGUCCAGCACCGCAGCACAAGUUUCUCAAAUCCACUCAGGAUGAGAGAUAUAAUUUGGAUAUGGAUGAGAUCAGGGAUGAGCUCAUACGGACAGAGUAUAAAGCUCUUCCCAUGAGUGAACAGGGAGCACUGUGUGUUGCCAACUCCAAACAGGGCUGUAUUGCAGUAGAGUUGGAGCGCGGACCUCGUGGUUUUGGCUUCAGUCUGAGAGGAGGAACGGAGUAUAACAUGGGCCUCUACAUCCUGCGGCUGGCUGAGGACGGCCCUGCUCUACAGGACAGCAGGAUACACGUAGGAGAUCAGGUAGUGGAGAUCAAUGGAGAACAAACGCAAGGCAUUAGUCACACCAGAGCCAUUGAGCUGAUCCAAGCUGGAGGAAACAAAGUGCUACUGUUACUGCGACCGCAAGCCCUCUUAUCAGAGAACAGUUGUGUAAGCUCCUCUACGGUGUGCUACUGCCCCCAGGAGCAUCAUCACUAACAGCCUCUUUUCUUCUAGGUCUUUUAUUCUUUGGUAAUGGGACUUUUACUACACUUUCUUUGCUCCCUAAUUGCUAGUGUUU